UUUUUUCUUUCUUCUUUUCUCCUCUCACAUUACCUUUUCUUUCUUAAUGUAUUUAUCUAAUUCAAAACGUGAUAUCCCAACAGAAAUAUUACAAACGAUCCUUGAUUUCGUACCACGGUCGAAUUUGGCCCAACUUGCCUUAGUAUCCCGGCAAUUCAAUAGUAUUGCUUCGCCUCUUUUAUAUCGGCACAUCUAUAUUCGAACAUUAUAUCAUUGGGAACGGUUUUUAUCUUGUUGUCGUUCUUCCAGCAUUCCACCUUGGUUGGCCUCUGUGACUUCACUUGUACUUCAACCAUCGCCAAAACUCAUACCACGUAGUACAGGAUCGUUCAUGUCUGCACGUAAGACAUUGAUGACGGAUAAGGAUGUAGAAGCACAAGGUUAUAUGCGUUUGCAACCUGUGAAUUUUGAUUGGACCGGCUUGGAAUUUGUACUUGCCAAAGAUAAUGAUCAACAAUAUACUGAUGGGGAUGAGACUCGACAUGACUUUGGAUCUGAAAACUAUGCGGAAAUGAAUACAACGAUCAAGGAAGCUGAAUGGUUGACCAAGGUAACAGAUAUGGAUAUGGCUCAUGUGAUCACACGGUGUCCUCACUUGGUCUAUUUGCAAGUGUCUGGAUGCACACAAAUUGGGGAUGCUACCAUGUAUGCUCUUGCUGCUUCACAAGAUGACAACAAAGUAGGUCGUGCUGGUGGUAUGCAAGGACUUUGGAUUGACUUGGCAAGGCAAAUCUCUUCAGUUGCUUGGAUGACCUUUGUCCAUGCUGAACAAAAACGACCAUCACCAGGAUUACAUCAUUUGGAUCUAUCGUAUUGCGGCUUUGUCACUGAUCAUUGUUUGACCAAAGCGCUUCCUUUGUGGUCUUCUACUUUGACACAUCUACGUCUUUGUUCUCUAUACAGCAUUACCGACGCCACUGUCCAUGCGAUUGCUGAACAUUGCCCUCAUCUCCGUCUUUUACAUUUGACACGCUGUUUCCGAGUCACCAAUCGAUCUAUUAUAUCUCUCGCCACUAGCCCUCUGGCUGCUACCUUGACCUAUCUUUCUGUGGCCUUUUUGAAUCAAGUCAAUGAAGAAGGUGUCAAACAUCUGGUCUAUUGUUGUGAAAAUCUACGUUUUGUCAAUAUAUCAGGCUCUGGUAUCAAUCCGAUGUUCAAGUUGGUUUUUCUCAAACAGUGGGAACAAGCUCGUGAACGGAAACAAUGGCCAAAAAUCCACUUUCAAGAAAAUCCUGUCUUACUAUUCUAGUAGUUUAGAUAUUUUGUCUAGUUAGCUUUCCCUCUCUCUCUUUUUUUUUUCUUUUUGUACAUACGCAACACACACACACUUUUAUAUAUUGAAUAGAACAUCUUUUUAUAUCUUGAUGAUAGGGUAGAUAAUAUUUUUUGUAUUGACUUUUUGGAACCAAUAAAAUGAAUGAUG